CGCGCGAACUUCCCCCGAUGACAACUUUGAUUCCGUGUAGGUGAUUGUUUACCUUUCCGUGUGAAUGAAUUAUUUACGCGCAAGGCGAACUUUUGCAGUCACGUAAGUUUGCAUCGGCGUCAGGCAAAUGGUAAAGCGCAAGAGGACCGUCUCAAUUGAAGAAGAAAGGGCACAAGAAUGCCAAAACUGUUGUGAAGAGGAAGCCACAUCCAUGGGGAAGCUCGUAGAACUUGCUCCUGUGUCAGUAGCAACAAUGAUCAAUGCAGAAGGAGGAAACAAUCCUCACAGCCAUGAUACUCGGUCAAAGCAGGUGGGGAGCAAGCUGCCUAUUGAGACAUCACCACCACCCGUCACUUUGUCCAUCCGAUCAAGUGGAAGAACGGCAAGACGAAAACGGGAUUCGACGCCCCCAUCGGCACCACCCGCCAAAAAAUCCACUAAGACUAGUUCUCAGCCGGUACCAACUGGAACACCAGAGGUUAAAGCAAGACGAUCCUGGGAACUAUGGACCUCGGAUGAUAAGAACACAUUCUUCGAGGCUUUGUAUGAGCACGGCAAAGAUUUUGACGCUAUUCAGAACUACAUAGCGUCAAAACACAAGAAGCGUGGCGGUGAUCCACCCGUCCCUCCAAAGGACAAGGACCAAGUGCGGGGGUUCUACUAUAGGGAAUGGCAUAAGAUAUCCAAGCAUCUAGACUUUGGAGAUGACAUAAAGAAGCAGACGCAGGAGUUGUAUGCACUGAUCAACUACGGAGUGUUGCGUAGAAAGGUGGGAGGCAGGCUUACAGAGAAGAAUGCACAGAAAUUGCAGGAUCUUAUUAACAAAGGCGUGACGACGGUUCGCAUGAAAGUGAAGGGAAAGAACGGUGCGAAGAACAUACGGAUAAAGACGCCGCUCUGUCGCGCUCUGAAGAAACUCAACAACAUCGACGAGCCGAAGGAGGAGGAGCCACCGCGUCUUCCCAGCGGCAUCGUCGUGACGCUGCGACCGCACGACAACGCCGCGUUCUCGCGCGUGCACGCCCUCGCGCAGAACCCGUGCGCCCGCAUCACCGUCGCCGCGCAGAAACGCCUGAGCGCCCUCACGACGUUCCUGCAGAACAAGUGGCGGUCGCCUUACUCCAAGCUGAGAAAGCAGCUCGGCGACUCGGCGCCCGACAACGACAAGGUGAUCCGUCUGAAGCCGCCGCGCGACCUCCGCAUGUCCGCGCUGAGCGUCGAGCCGUACGAGCAGCACACGACGCGCGACGUCACGCUGACCAGCUACCGGCGCAAGGUGCUGCGCGGCAAACCCGAGCAGGACGUGUGCAGGGACGGCAGCGGCAGGUGCGACCAGGAGGCUGUCGCUGUCGCCGAUGCCGCGGAGGCGAGGACGAGUCGCGCGCAACCCGGCGGGGAGAGCGGGAAGCCGGGCUGCGACGCGCGCGCGACUGCGAGCGACGGGGGGGAUGUCGCCGUCGCCGCGGAGACGUCCGGCGAGCGGGGAGCGCAGCCGGUUGCCGCGGAAACGACGUCAUCCUGCCGGCGGGAGGGCGAGUCGCGGCCGGAUGCUGCAGAUGGAGUGCGGCGGUCCGUCGUCACGGAGACGGUGUACCAGCGGACGCUGUCGGAGGAUGCUGGCGGCGGUCAGGUGGAUGCGGUGUCGUCGGACGAGGGAGAUAAGGGAAAGGAAGGCCUCCUCGCCGGCGUGCUCCCCGAGCCGCAGAGGUCGUACAAGUCGGAGGUGGAGGAGGAGAAGCUGCGAGAGAGCAGCAGUGAGAGCGAGGAGGGGCAGCAGGAGGAGGAGCGGGAGAAGGCGGACGUGCGCGCGAAGAGGAGGCGGGGGAGGAACGCGCAGCAGCGGCAGGUGUUGAUGAGUGAGGAGCGCAUCCGGCAGGGCUGGACCGCCGCAGACGCCGGCAAACUCACCAUCGGCGAACUCUACCUCAUGCUGAACAGUCCUGAGGUGAUAGUGCUGGAGUACGAGUGGGUGAGCCCCGACAACGCGGCGACGGCGUCUGCCAAGCGACUCAUCCAGGCACUCGAGAAACUCCUCCUACUCGCCGGCACCGAGUUCUCAGUUGCCAAGCAGAAGCAGUUGCAGCAGGUCGGAGGCAACUCGGCAUCGCCGUGCCGUUGCGGUGCCCUCCCGCUGAGCCAGGCCGCAACCCCACCCUCGAGCCGCACCCCGGGGGCGCGCAGCCCCGCCACGCCCCGCUCGUCCACCCCCCGGGCCGGCGCUGUGCGCAUGCAGAGCCCCAUCACGCCGAAGAGCAGUCCCGGUGUUCGCCGUGCCGACGGUGGCGCCGCCUAA